AUGAUUCAUAGUCUAUUUAUUAUUAAUGCAUCCGGGGAUGUUUUCAUGGAAAAACAUUGGAAAACAGUUGUAGGAAAAUCGAUAUGUGAUUAUUUUUUCGAAGCCCAAUCUAAAUGUGCCAAUGCUGAAGACGUUCCACCUGUAAUUGCAACACCUCAUCAUUAUUUGAUAAAUAUAUUUCGCAAUAAUCUUUAUUUUGUGGCUGUUCUUACCAAUGAAAUUGCACCACUUUUUGUCAUUGAAUUUCUUCACCGUAUUGUGGAAGUCUUCGAGGAUUACUUUACUGAAUGUACUGAAACAUCUCUUAAAGAUAAUUAUGUUAUUGUUUAUGAACUCUUAGAUGAAAUGCUUGAUUCUGGUUUACCAUUAGCAACAGAAACAAAUAUAUUAAAAGAACUUAUUAAACCACCAAAUAUAUUCCGUAAAGUGGCAAAUCUCGUUACUGGCGAUAGUACAAACAUUAGUAAUGUACUUCCGUCUAGUCAAUUAUCGAAUAUUCCAUGGCGUCGUAUGGGUGUUAAAUAUACAAAUAAUGAAUCUUAUUUUGAUUUAAUUGAAGAAAUCGAUGCUAUUAUUGAUCGUAAUGGAGCUACCGUCAUGUGUGAAAUUCAAGGAUAUGUAAGUGAACAUAAGAAUGAAAAAAACAUUGAGUUGAAGUAUUCGUUUGAAAUACAUUGUCUCUUAUUGUUGCAUACUAGUGUUGAUAUGUCACGGGAACAUGCGAAAAGAUUAGCUGUUGGAAUGGAAUCAGGUAUAACAUGGCGUAAAGUAGGGAUAGUACAUCGAACAACAAAUGAAAUAUUGUUCGAUAUUAUUGAAUCAUUUGAUGCCAUUAUUGAUCAACGAGGCAUGAUUAUUACUGCUGAAAUCAGCGGUGUGAUUGAUUGCUGUGUCAAAUUGAGUGGCAUGCCUGAUUUAACAUUAUCGUUUAUUAAUCCAAGACUAUUGGAUGAUGUUAGUUUUCAUCCAUGUGUUAGAUUGAAAAAAUGGGAGAGUGAACGUGUUCUUUCAUUCAUUCCACCUGAUGGCAAUUUUCGUUUGAUUUCAUAUCAUAUUGGUACACAAAAUUCAAUAUCCAUUCCAGUUUACGUCAAACAUAAUAUUCAGUUUCGCGAAGGUAGUGGUGGUCGAUUUGAACUAACUGUUGGACCGAAACAAACAAUGGGCAAAACUCUUGAAGCUGUUGUAAUUGAAUGUACAAUGCCGAAAAGUGUGCUCAAUUGUACUCUAACUCCAACACAAGGCAAAUGUACAUUUGAUCCUGUGAAAAAAAUUCUUGUUUGGGAUAUUGGUAAAAUCGAAAGUAAUGCUCAAAGUGCUGCACGUUUACCAUCAUUACGUGGAAAUAUUGUUUUAUCAACUGGUCAACCAAUACCAGAAUCUAAUCCAAUAUUGAACGUUCGUUUUACAUUGAAUCAAAUCGCUAUAUCCGGCAUACGUGUACAACGUGUUGACAUGCACGGAGAAAAAUACAAACCAUUUAAAGGCGUCAAAUAUAUAACAACAGUUAAAAAAGGUCGAUUUCAAAUUCGAACAUAA